GACGAGCUCCAGGAUAAAGUCAUUGACACAUUUUAUUGGACUGACUCAUAUUCUACUCUUUGUUGGAUUCGCAAUGUGAAACCUUGGACACAAUAUGUUAGGAACAGAGUUUCGAAAAUUUUGAGUACUUCUAAGCAAGAAAAAUGGUUCCAUUGUCCUGGGGUAGAUAAUCCGGCAGAUCUGCCCUCCAGAGGAAAACAUGGGGGUCUCGCUGCCAAUUCGUUCUGGUGGGAGGGUCCACAAUUUCUUAAGUUAGAACCACAGGAAUGGCCCAAGUCCCCUAAUGGCAGUGAGUUGGUCGUAGAAGAAGCAUUGCAGGAAAGGGUUAAACAGGGGCCUAUCAUUACCCACGCAAUAUUUACUUCAAAGGGGAAAUUCGAAGAACUUAUUGAUAUAACGCGUUUUAACGACAAGGGUAAACUGGUACGAAGUUUUGGAUGGGUUAUAAGAUUUAUCUCCAACUUGAAAAGUGCGGUACAAGGUACUGAAAUAAAUCGUAGCGAAGGUUUAAGUGUCCCGGAAAUUCAAAGGGCAGAAACAGUAUUAAUACGGUCAGUUCAGCACGAGUCAUUUUCAUCUGAAAUAAAAUAUUUGUUAAGCUCGGAAUCAGGCAAAAAGGGUACGAAAACACCGCUGUACAUAAACCAGUUUAAUCUAUUUUUGGAUAAGGACAUGAUUCUUCGAUGUAGAACACGUGUAGGAAAGUCUACAAUUGCUGAAAGUAGCAAACGACCUGUAUUUUUGCCUGCUAAAAGUAAGUUGUCGGAGCUAAUAAUUAAGGAUUGCCAUGAUAAAGUGUUCCACAACGGUGUUAAGGACACGUUAAACUUAAUGAGACAGCGUUAUUGGGUUCUCCGGGGGAGGGAACAAGUAAGAAAACUCGUACGUCGUUGCAUUUUGUGUAAGAGACUUGAGGGUUUACCCUUCAAGACCGUGUACAGCCCUGAAUUACCAGAGUUCCGCAUUGAUAGUGGUCCGCCCUUUACAAAUGUAGGCAUAGACUUUGCGGGACCAUUAAUGGUAACAGGUAGAUGGAAUAAAGACGAACAAAUUAAAUGCUAUCUGUGCUUGUUUACGUGUGCUGCUACGAGAGCAGUUCACCUUGAAGUUGUCGAAUCAUUAAGCGUUGAAGAUUUUAUUUGUGCUUAUCGACGCUUUAGUGCUCGUAGAGGGACACCCUCAUUGUUGAUUUCCGACAAUGCCAAAACCUUUAAGUCGGCCUCCAAGGAGAUCACUAAACUACUGCGUUCUCCCAAACUAACUGAAUAUUUUACGAUAAGAGGUGUAAAAUGGAAGUUUAUCGUAGAACUCGCACCAUUUUACGGGGGGUUUUGGGAGCGACUAAUAAGAAGCACGAAACGUUGUCUGACGAAAGUCGUGGGUCGAGCGACACUAAGUUAUGGGGAAUUGGAAACAAUUGUCGUGGAAAUUGAAAGAGUAAUAAAUUCACGACCCCUAACCUACGUUUUUGAUGAUACGGACGGGAUAUCAUAUCCACUAACCCCAUCCCAAUUAAUAAACGGUCGUAACUUGAGUCAAUACCCAAAUGAAGCACAUUUUGAAGUAAUUAAUACGUAUGAGAGUUUGUCGAAACGAGCUAAGUAUAAUCGAAAAUUACUUUCUAAUUUUGUAGAUCGAUGGAGGAAAGAGUACCUACUGGGGUUGUUGGAAACUUACAGGCCAAGAAACAGUAGUAAGACCAACCCUGACAUAAAAAUUGAUGAUAUUUGUAUCCUUAGGAAUGACCAAACGAAAAGAUCCUUUUGGAAACUUUGCCGAGUGUUAGAGCUGCUGGCAGGAACAGAUGGUUCAGUGCGAGCAGCCAGGGUAUUAGUAUUAUCACGGGAUGGCAGUAAGAAAGUUUUGAAUCGAAAUUUGAAAUAUCUUAUUCCGUUAGAAAUUCGAUGUCCUUAUUGGCAGAAAACCGAGUGUGCCGCUAAUGCAAACCAGGACACGCGAGCAAUGCCACCUCAGGAUAGUGCGCAGCAAACGCAAUCUAGGCAAGGGCGACAAGCGCCUUCGCAACCACUGCAAGCUGUUACUAGGGCGAAGCGCAACGCUGCUAUUAUUGGAGAGUUGCAAAGGCAAGCUAGUAUGAAACGUAAAUGA